AUGUCUCUGGUUACGGAUGUGUUCACGACGACGAUCGUCCAGCAGGUCGUCGAACCCACGCUCUCCCCGCUCUCCGGCACCGACGGCCCCCGCACGCAGAUCAACCUGAUCCACACGGUGACGGACGUCAUCACCAGCUCGAUCCUCGUCUCGCCUCCAACGUCGAGCGUGGUCCCGAGCACGAGCACCUCCUUCCUCUCGCGCACAAAGAGCGCCAGCCCCACGCCAAGCGCUUCGACGACUGCCGCAGCGUUUUCCACGACCGCCGCGGCUGCGUCAUCCGCCUCGGUCACGUCUUCCGCCGAUCCUACGAGCACUGCGGUCCCGUCAGGCAUCAAGGCCGCCGCGGAAUCUUCCGCCUCUGCUUCGGCUGCCGCAGUAUCCAAGAGCUCGGGCUUACCUGCAGGCGCUAUCGCGGGCAUCGUCAUCGGCGUGGUCCUAGCGCUGAACAUCAUCGGUGUCCUCCUCUACCGCCGCCGCGCGCUCGCCAAGCGUCGUGCUCGCCGCGCAACUUGGCGUGCCGGCGUUAAAGCGCUUGCACUGCCUGCUGCUUUGGAUGUCGAGAAGGCUGCGGGUGUGCCCGUCGCACCUGCGCAUACGAGCCCGUUCAUGCUUGGGUUGCCGGGAAGGAAGAACAGCAGGACGGCCGGUCACGGCCGCUCGCGGAGCGAUGGAAGCCCCGAGAGCCAAUACAGCCUUCCCAGCGCGCUCACGCGCAGCCCGGACCCGGCCGUCCAGCGCGAUGGGGUCGCCGGCCGCGCUCGCUCGGCCAGCCCUACGCGCCGCCCGAGCGGAGGUCGCCCGGCACCCGACCGCCCACCGCGCGCCGCGACGCGCAAGAGCCCGCCGACGGUCAAUCAGUCUUUGCCGAUCCAGAACCAGCAGCCUCCUUCCGCCGCACCCCGCACAGCGCUCGCUACACCCGCCACGGCCCAGAUCCCCACCGCCAUCGUCCGCGUCACAUUCAUCCCUACCCGCGCGGAUGAGCUGAGCAUCGCUAUUGGCCAGACGCUCGCUGUGCUCCAUGCAUUCGAUGAUGGGUGGGCGCUGUGCCAGAACGCAUACGGCGAACAGGGUAUGGCGCCGCUUGAGUGCCUUGAGGGCGGAGGCGGGCUGUUCAAGGGCUUUGGUGGACAUGAUGCGAGGGCUAUGAUGAACAACAAGGCGAAGAGGAGGAGCACACGUUCAACUAGCGAGCACACGACCUGA